CAUUUUAGUUAGUACGGUGCCAUAGCAUCAUAGGCAGAUAGGCAUAAACUUUACAUGGGAAGGAAUGAAGCUGAGCGGCUGAUCUUGUGUGGCUUGUACCUAAUCACUUCAUCCACCUCACCACUUUCUGUACUUUCUGUAUCUACCACCGCCUCGAUUCUUCUCUUCUAAUUCCCCAACAGAAUCACCAACAUUUCCUCUUAAAUUUCUUUUUUUCCUCUUUGUAUACUAAUUAAUAGAUACUGACCGCGCAUGCAUUGUUGUUUGUCCUAAUUUAUUAGCAUAAAGUCAUCCGAUUCCCAGCAGGAAACACAACCAUAUUCGAACGAACCCUGGCUGGAACCUAGGCGUCGAUCUUCCUUCCUUUCUCUCCCUCUCGACUCCGAGUCCCUCUUCCGUCCUGUGUACCAACCACAGAAAGUCGAUGUCUUUUUCUUCUACAGCCAUUAAUCUCGUCCAACUUGCUCGAUCCGCCAUACCUACAGAUACCCCUAAUGCAGCAAUAGGAGUCGAUCUCCCUUCCCCUACCACCGACAUACCUUCACUCCUUACUACUACUGCGACGUCAAUAGCGGCUGCCGCGGCCACAACAAUGGCCGCCCCGGAAGAGGGCCAUGGAGGAGAUGGCGGCGAAUGUCGACUAGUCGGUCCUUUUGCCUUACUCGUGCAGCUCGCGUUGGGUGGAUUAGCUCUCCUGUCUCUCGUCUACAAGCGGUGGAGGGAACGGCCCCAACGACCGGUCAAAAUAUGGUUCUUCGACGUGUCUAAACAGGUAUUCGGAUCGGUUUUGGUACAUAUCGCGAAUGUGUUCAUGUCGAUGCUCACUAGCGGCCGGUUCUCUAUUAAGUUGGAUCCGGCCAAUGUGCAGGCAGCAGAGAGGAUGCUUCGAAGAGACGAGGACCAAUAUACGCCAAAUCCCUGUUCCUUCUAUCUGUUGAACUUGGCUAUUGAUACUACUAUCGGUAUCCCUAUUCUCUUAAUCCUCCUCCGCGUCACCACCGGCCUAGUAGCAUAUACUCCCUGGGGAAAACCACCAGAGUCGAUUCAGUCCGGAAAUUAUGGCAGCCCUCCUAGCGCAUGGUGGUGGCUGAAGCAAUCCGUCAUAUACUUUUGUGGCCUGUUUGGCAUGAAGAUUUGCGUCCUCAUUAUAUUCCUGAUAUUACCAUGGAUAUCACGUGUUGGAGAUUGGGCACUGAAGUGGACGGAAGGCAAUGAGCGUGUUCAAAUCGUAUUCGUCAUGAUGUUAUUCCCUCUCAUAAUGAACGCGCUACAGUACUACAUCAUCGACAGUUUCAUUAAGCUGAAGGAAACAGAUCACGAAAGAUUACCGUCGGAGGAUGGAGAUGAUGGGGAUCCCUUCGAUGACGCACUCGUGGAUAGUGAUGACGAGAGUUCAAUUAGUGGGGAAAGUAGCCAAAGUAUGAAGCUUUCGAGCUCUAGGAAUUUCAAGAAGGCCGGAAGAAAGGACCAAGAUGACCGCGAAGAGUACGAUCCAGACUUGGAUGGCCAGACCAUAAUAGGGAGCAGCAGAAGUCAAGAGGAUAGGGGAAAACCAUUGCCUAAGGAGUUAGUUCCUCCUGAGUAAUAUGGAGGUUGCUUUUUUGUCAUACCUUAGCAUGGGAAAUGUACAUUGUUUGCAUAUAUUAGUAGAUAUUGGGUCAUUAUAAAUUUGCUCCAACAUUGUUUGGCCUGACCGUAUUCAUGUGUUUAAGACGUUCAAAGUGAAUGGG